AUGGCGAAUAUGGCGACCUUGGAGGCGAAUUCCCGCAGCGCUUGGCGCCAGGCGAAGUAUCGUGUAGUCUGUAACACGCGAAAUGGGGUUACCAUUCGGGUAACCACCGGCUCUGCGACAAGCAGCAGGAGCAGCAGUACCAGCAGCAGGAAGGGGAAUGCUGACAAGGCAGAGAAGAGGGAGACGGGGGAGGCGGCGGAAGGAGAGCAGGAGCUUGGCGGGGAAAAUCGGCCGCUUAGGCUGGUGGUGAUUGGGGGAGGGGCGGCGGGCGUGUUUGGCGCGAUUCGAGCCAAGGAGAUGGCGCCUGGUUUGGAGGUCAGAGUGGUGGAGAAGAGUCAGCCUCUGGGGAAGGUGCGCAUAUCAGGAGGCGGGCGCUGCAAUGUCACCACAGGGCUUGCAGCCGACCCCAUAGUAGCUCUCUUCGUCUCUAUUAUCAACCCCAACCCUCUCUCUCUCUCUCCUCCUCCCUCCCAGCACCUCUCCUCCCACUACCCACGGGGCCAUCGCGAGCUCAAAGGUUCCUUCUUCCGCACGCGCGGCCCGGCUGACACCCACCUCUCCUCCCACUACCCAAGGGGUCAUCGGGAGCUCAAAGGCUCCUUCUUCCGCACGCACGGUCCAGCAGACACGGUUGAGUGGUUCACCCAACGGGGGGUGCCCCUCAAGACAGAACCAGACGGGCGCAUGUUUCCCGUCUCAGACUCCUCCCAAUCAGUUAUCGACUGCCUGCUCUCACAAGCCCAGCAGCUCUCAGGUACACUCUCAGUGACCAUCUCCCCGGGCUGGCCUGUAGCAUCCAUCACUCGCACCCCUGCAGGCCAGUCCCUCAUCUCCUCCUCCAAGCAGACUCCCACACUCAUCAACAUCUCCCUCUCUCCUCCCCCUCCCCUCUCCUCCCUUCCCCCCAGUGACCAUCUCCCCGGGCUGGCCUGUAUCAUCCAUCGCUCGCACUUCUGCAAACCAGUUCCUGCUGACCCACGCUCUCACCCUCCAUCCCUUGAUCCACUCUUUCCGAUCCUCCGAUUCUCCUCCCACCUUCUCUUCCCUCCCCCAGUGACCAUCUCCCCGGGCUGGCCCGUGGCAUCCAUCGCUCGCACCCCUGCAGGCCAGUUCCUCAUCACCUCCUCCAAAAAGGCUCCACCGAUUAUCAAUAGCUCUUCCCCUCCCUCCUCCUCCUCCUCCUCCCCUCUCUCCCUCAUGGCUGAUUUCGUUCUUAUCGGCACCGGUGGGUCAAUCAAGCAAGUUUUUCUGCCUUCCUUACGAUCCUGCCAACAUCCUUUCCUGUGCUCCCCUCAUCGAUCCUCAUUAACCCUCAUCACCCCUCAUAACUCCUCAACCUCGCCCCAUACUCUCCCCUCCUCCUCACCCUUCCUCAACCCUCCUCACCCCUCUUCACCCCUCUUCACUCCUCCUCACCUCUUCCCACCCCUCUCAACCCCAGGGGCAUUCCAUGGCAGCAUCUCUCGGUCACUCCAUCAUCCCUCCCUGCCCUUCCAUCCUUCCUCCCCCAAAAGCAUCUCACAGUUUCACCCCAUUUCACCCCUUCCCACCCGUCCCCGUCCCCCAUCACCCCUUCGCAUCUCUCCCCACCCCUCUCUACUACUGCAGGGUCAUGACAUGGCAUCAUCCCUUGGUCACUCCAUCAUCCCUCCCUGCCCGUCUCUCUUCACUUUCAACAUCCCUGAUUCUGCUCUCACUGCUCUUGCGGGGGUGUCUCUUGAAGACGUGUCUCUGAAGCUGCUUCGGCCCAGCUGUGCUGAAACUCUCUGCCUGGGCUGCCAGGAACCUGCACGCCUCUGCCUACACUGGUGGGUGGGUGCGCUUUUGGUGGCAGUGGUGGGUGCGUGGGCCUCUUUCCCCUUCACCCCCGGUGCGUCUCUCUCCUCCCACCUCUCUUCACGCACUGGGGAUGGCCAAAUUUACCCCUCAUCUCUCUGCUGCUGCUCUCCUCUCUGCACUCACAGCUUCACCUCCUCACCUUUGUUCCCUCCCCCUUUCCUCCCUCCCUCCCUCCCUCCCUCCCUCCCUCCCUCCCUCCCUCCCUCCCUCCCUCCCUCCCUCCCUCCCUCCCUCUUUCCCUCCUACCAGCAGCACUAG